GCCUGGGUCUAGCCGGGUGACUGCUUGUUGCCCGACGACUGCUUGCCCGACUGGCUGACUGCUAGCCGGCUUUCAGUCUCGUCUGGUUCAGUCGCCGCUCCGACAUCCUGCUCGCAACACGACCGCGGCCGGUGCCAGCACGGGGGCCUCCGUGCCUUUCCACGUUUCUCUCAUCAUCUCUUCGUUUACGGUUUCUGUCAUACCGUGGCGGAUGCAGCGGGGCCGUAACCCGGCUUUUUUCGGCGCCAGUUAAGACCCACGUGCACACGCCGAACGCUGAACCCGGUUGGAACAAGAGUAAGUUGCUCUACGACCAAGAUUCAACACGAACGAUCGCUUCCAAAAAAAGGUUUCGAAACAGCUUGGCUAACAGUUAUGGAAUUGGACAGAAUACAGUUGUUGGGAUUGUUGAUAAAAAUAUUGGAUGUUUGAGCAAGAGCUCGGUAUCGAGAAGGAGGAGCGAUGGGAUCGUACGAGGAAUUUCCAGCAAUUACCCUGAUUAACACAUUGAAAUCAUUAAAGAAGGGGAUCGCGGGUGCUAGAAAGAUGACGAUGAACCCAGCCGGAGAUCCAGAGACUGCAGAAGAUCAAUGGAUGAGGUGACGUUUCACCCAGUGAUGCGUAAACGACGUGGACUGGCCAGCGCCAUUCUGGGCCUGAUAGUGGGCCUCCUCUUAGGUUUCCUCAUCCAAAGCUACAAGAUACUCUCGUCGAGCCAUCAACACCAACGGUUAAAUGUUUACGCGUCCUCGAUGCCUGGCUCGCGGCUGUUAAUCAAACCAUCGGCGAGAAACGUUCCCAAAUUGGAAGACGAUGAACGGAUAAACAGUUCCUCGACCAGUUUGGUGUUCGUGGGCGUGAUGACCGCGAGCAAAUAUCUAGAUUCGCGAGCCAAGGCGGUUUACGAGACUUGGGGCAAGGAGCUUCCAGGAAAAAUUGCCUUCUUCUCGUCCGAAAACUCGGUCGUCCCCAACAAUUGUCCCGAUCUCCCUCUGGUCGCGUUGCCUCGGGUCGACGAUACGUAUCCGCCUCAGAAGAAAUCGUUCAUGAUGCUGCAGUACAUGUGGAACAACUACGGGGAUCGUUUCGAGUGGUUUCUCAGGGCCGACGAUGACGUUUACGUGAGGACAGACCGUCUGGAACAAUUGCUACGAUCCGUCAAUUCGAACAGAGCCAUGUACAUCGGCCAAGCGGGUAGAGGAAACUCGGAGGAGUUCGGUCUCCUCUCCUUGGAGUAUGACGAGAAUUUUUGCAUGGGCGGGCCAGGCGUUAUACUGUCCAGGGAAACGUUGAGAAGAAUCGUGCCGCACAUCAAGUAUUGCCUCAGACAUUUGUACACCACGCACGAAGACGUUGAAUUGGGAAGAUGCGUGCAGAAGUACGCCGGUAUACCAUGUACCUGGAGCUACGAGAUGCAGUCUAUCCUGUAUCACAACAGUUCCGGGGCGCAAGCGUUCACCGGAAACUUGAAGAAAAAAGAGGUUCACCGUGCUAUUACGUUGCAUCCUGUUAAAAAUCCGCCGCACAUGUACAGAUUGCACAAUUACAUGAGGGGGCUCAAGAUCCAAGAUCUGCAACAAGAGAGACUCAAUCUUCACAGGGAUAUUUACACGAUGGCGAGGCAAUUGGGGAUCAGCGUGGAGAAUCUGAAGAAUUACGAGAUAGCCGAUCGUGUGCCACUGUUUCCAGUCAAGCCUUACUCGAAACUGUAUCCCGGCGACACCGAGAUAUUGGGUGUUUCGGCAGGACUUCGUUCGUUCAAACCGACGACAAGCGACGAAGUAAUUCCUUGGGAUUUUUUGUCGAGAUCCGAGUACAGCUUAGGGGAUUCGAAUCCCAGAAGAAGAAUUCACAGCGACAUAAAAGAAGGUUUGGAGGACAUUACGAGAGAAGUGAUGGCUUCCAUAAAUGCCUGUUCACGACAGCGUGGUCGAGUCGUGGAGGAAAGGUCAACUCUUUACGGGUACAGAAGAGUAGAUUCCUACGGCGCUGACACGAUAUUGGAUCUUCUUCUCGUGUAUCGAAAGUACCGAGGUAGAAAGGUUACGUUACCUGUUAGGAGGCACGUGUAUCUUCAUCAACAUUUUACAGGAGUGGAAAUACGAGAAACGGUGGACGGGGUGGAAGUUGAGGAAGCGCAGAAAAAUCGAGAAAGUGACAAGUCUUUGCAAAAUAUAUUCCGCGGUGGUUUCUUAAGCUUGAAUUUCAAUUUCGAGGAGGUGGAUCCGGUCAAGGAUAAGAUCAUUCAUUUCAUUCUACCGUUAUCUGGAAGAUACGAGGUUUUUCGAAGAUUCUUGCAAAAUUACGAAGAAAUCUGUCUAACGAGCGGAGAGAGGACCGCACUCUUGAUCAUGCUCUAUCAUCACAGAACGGAAAACUCGUUCAAUCGGACGAUAGAUUUGGUGGAACAAUUGAAAUAUAAGUAUCGCAGCGCCAGUAUUGAUAUUAUUCCUACUUCUGGUACAUUUUCUAGAGCGAAGGCUCUUAAUUACGGCGCGUCGAGAUUGAAGAACAACGAUUUAAUGCUCUUCAUCGACGUCGAUAUUGCAUUUACCGAAUCGGCUCUCUACAGAAUUCGCGUCAAUACUCUUUUAGGUAGGCAAAUAUAUUUCCCGGUGGUAUUCAGUCAGUAUGAUCCAAAGAUCGUUUACGGGGACACCAAGAGUCCAGACACGUUCGCCAUAAACGAAAUGGCCGGAUAUUGGAGACAAUUUGGAUUCGGCAUCGUAUCUUUGUACAAACAGGAUUACAAAGAUGUGGGCGGUUUCAAUCUAUCCAUUCAAGGAUGGGGCAAGGAGGACGUGGAUUUCUACGAAAAAGUAAUCAAGUCCAAUAUCAAGAUAUUUAGAGCGGCUGACAAGGAUUUGGUUCACGUGUAUCACGAUGUCGAGUGCAGUAAAGAUCUGUCCGAGACGCAAUGGUCCAUGUGUAUGGGAACCAAGGCUGACACCUUGGCUGGAAUCGAGACACUGACCCAAAUGAUUUACGAAAAUCCGGAAAUAUUACAAUAUGCCAAAGCCAGACGGGCUAAUUUAACGCGUGCAGCGGGUUGAAUGAAUACGAGUCUUUGAAAUAACUACCUUAUCUCGGUCGAUAAGCUAGAAAUCAUGAUUCUAACCAUGCGAUGUGGGAACAUCUCGCAUAGUAGAUAGAAUAUUUUGUAUAUACACGGUGUAAUUAACGGAUUGAAACGUACAUUGAAUAUUUAAUCACCGAUCGCGAAUUCACCAAAGUUUUUCCUCUAAUAAGAUUAUCAUAAUGACCAAGUUGGACUGUGUGUUGUGUCGAUAAAACAGACUUGUUUAUUUAAUAAAAUAGAAAACGAAGAUAUAUUUAACGAAAAAAGUAUUAAAUACUUCGAUCAUCGUUUAUCUUUUUACGUAUAAAUAUAUUAUACACUUUAUAAAUGUAGAAAUUAUCAAUGAUAUACGGAAUAUUGAUGAGAGAUCAAGGAAAAAAGAAAAAGAAAAAAGUUUCAUGACAAUCGACACAUUGAUAUUUUGUAUAUCAACUGUUAAAUCUUGGCAUUAUUUACGUUAUAAAUGUGAUGUAUCGCUUUUUGGUUGCUAUUAGUUUAUAUUACGCUGAAUAUUUUUCAUUAAGCCCGGAAGAGUAUACUAGUAUUUUUUUUUUUUAUUUAAUCAAUAUUCUAUCACAAUAAAUUAAUUGUAUUAUAAUACUAAAAAAAAAAAAGACGAAGAAUUUAUAAAAAGUCGUUAUUAGUUCCGCACGAAAGUGAAUAAUUUCGUGAUAUAAAUAAAUAACUUAAAACGAUUCAAGAUGCCAAUACUCCUAAAAAAACGUAGCGUCACUGCGUUAUCGAACAAAUUUUGUAAGUACAUGUGAUAUUAUUGUGCCUUGUGUAUAAACUUUAAUUUGUGAACUUUA